ACAGUCGCGCGCUCUGCUUUCCACCUUCUGCUUCACCACCUCAAACUCUUCAAGUGCCUGGACCUGAAAACGGCUACAUUCCUGAGGACAAAUUCCAAUAUUUCCUACUGAACUUUACAUUCCCGGAGACCAGAAGACGCUUUUGGAAAACACAUGGUUGACGUUACUUCCUGGUUAUAUAACUUUUAUUUUUUAAUUUUUUACACUUGAAAACGCUUCUCGGCACCCCGGAAAGAUCUGUCAAGGUCGGACAUCGAUAUUUUUAUAUAAAAGUAUUAAUUUUUUGUUUGUCUGCUUAAGAAGACACAAAAGGCAGCGGCAGCCUGCGUGUUUUUUGCGCAACCUAAAGUGUUCUUCCAGAAGGCGCAGCAGUCAGUCCGUCCUCCAGUCCGUCGUCAUGGCAGGUAUGAACUCUCUGGAUGCUGUCAAGAGGAAGAUUCAGUGUUUGCAGCAGCAGGCCGACGAAGCAGAGGACAGGGCUCAGGUCCUGCAGAGGGAGCUGGACUCUGAACGAGAGCUCCGAGAAAAAGCGGAGGGAGAUGUAGCGAGUCUGAACCGUAGGAUCCAACUGGUGGAGGAGGAGUUGGACCGAGCCCAGGAGAGGCUGGCCACAGCACUGCAGAAACUGGAGGAGGCUGAAAAAGCUGCAGAUGAGAGUGAAAGAGGGAUGAAGGUGGUUGAGAAUCGAGCGAGUAAGGAUGAAGAAAGAAUGGAGAUCCAAGAGAUGCAGCUGAAAGAGGCCAAACAUAUUGCAGAGGAGGCCGACCGUAAAUAUGAGGAGGUGGCUCGCAAGCUUGUGAUCCUGGAAGGAGACCUGGAAAGAGCCGAGGAGAGGGCCGAGCUCUCUGAAUGUAAAGCCAGUGACCUGGAGGAGGAACUGAAAAAUGUGACCAACAGCCUGAAGUCCUUAGAAGCCCAAGCUGAGAAGUACUCAGAAAAAGAAGACAAAUAUGAAGAGGAGAUUAAAAUUCUCACUGACAAACUGAAGGAGGCUGAAACCCGCGCAGAGUUUGCAGAGAGAACUGUGGCCAAACUGGAAAAGUCCAUUGAUGACCUGGAAGAAAAACUAUCAUCUGCCAAAGAAGAGAAUCUGGGCAUCCAUCAAGUCUUGAAUCAGACCCUGCAGGAACUGAACAGCUUGUAAAGAUUCAGGCGAGAUGAUUGACAGGAUGAGACGUCGCCUAACAUUCCGUUCCUGUUCGACUUUAUUCCACGUUUCCAGCUGUCGAACCUUUACACCCUUUUGUAAAGGCUGAUUAACUUGAUGCUUGUCUCUUGCUCCUUACUUCCUCUCCAUAAGGCACAACAUUUUAAAGAUGACAGUAAUUUCAAACAUGUUCCUUUAUUUCCCCACUGAUGACUGCACCUUCACCCCAGUAAUAUUUUGACCACUUAUUUGGAAAGAGCUGGUAAUUAAUAUGCCCCACAAGUUUAAAUUUAAUGACUUAACCACUUUUGACUCCAUGAAGUGCACAUUGGCCUCCAUCUUUUAACUCUGAAGCGCCACCCAGUGGUAAAAUGGAGUUAGUGGGCAGUGUACUGAUUGUGCACUAUCAUCCUAAAUCCAUUAAUCACAAACUCACGCAUCUUCAACCACUUACUCCAGCUAAGGGUCACGGGGGUGCUGGAGCCUAUCCCAGCAGUCUAAAUCCAUUAGUUUUAUAAAAAAUGUUGAACUUGUGGCCUUAUGGAAACAAUUCCUUAAAUAUGCAGGCUAAAAUAAAACAAUCCUGUCAUAAAUGAGAAAGUAACACUUUGCUAAUCUGUGAUGAUCCUGGAGGCUUUCUGUGUACAGUCUGUACACGUAUUUUUUUUUUUUUUUUUUUUUACUUCUAGUUUGAUAGAAGCAGUUGUGCAGAACUUGUCAUUUACUGACCAGAAAAAAAACAUCUACCAAAAAAAAGAAAACUUUCUGUACAGUGUAAUGAUGAGCAAUGCAACAGCACUGCAAUAAAAAAAUACGCCAAAUACAUCGAUUUGAUUCA